GGAAACCGACGUCAGGAUGUCACACAGGAAGUUCUCAGCCCCCAGGCAUGGGUCCCUGGGCUUCCUGCCUCGAAAACGCAGCAGCCGGCACCGCGGGAAGGUGAAGAGCUUACCCAAGGAUGACGCCACCAAGCCCGUGCACCUCACAGCCUUCCUGGGCUACAAGGCCGGCAUGACCCACAUCGUGCGGGAGGUGGACAGGCCGGGGUCCAAGGUAAACAAGAAGGAAGUGGUGGAGGCGGUGACGAUUGUGGAGACGCCUCCCAUGGUGAUUGUGGGCAUCGUGGGUUACGUGGAAACCCCUCGCGGCCUCCGCACCUUCAAGACUGUCUUUGCAGAGCACAUCAGUGAUGAAUGCAAACGGCGCUUCUACAAGAACUGGCACAAGUCUAAGAAGAAGGCUUUUACCAAGUACUGCAAGAAAUGGCAGGAUGAGGAUGGCAAGAAGCUGUUAGAAAAGGACUUUAGCAGCAUGAAGAAGUACUGCCAGGUCAUCCGGGUCAUCGCCCACACCCAGAUGCGCCUGCUUCCUUUGCGCCAGAAAAAGGCUCACCUGAUGGAGAUCCAGGUGAAUGGGGGCACAGUGGCUGAGAAACUGGACUGGGCUCGCGAGAUGCUGGAGCAGCAGGUGCCAGUGAGCCAAGUGUUCGGCCAGGAUGAGAUGAUUGAUGUCAUUGGAGUGACCAAGGGAAAGGGUUACAAAGGGGUCACCAGCCGCUGGCACACCAAGAAGCUACCCCGCAAGACCCACAGAGGGCUGUGCAAGGUCGCCUGCAUUGGGGCCUGGCAUCCUGCCCGAGUGGCCUUCUCCGUGGCCCUUGCUGGGCAGAAGGGCUACCAUCACCGCACGGAGAUCAACAAGAAAAUCUACAAGAUUGGCCAAGGCUACGUUAUCAAGGACGGCAAGCUGAUCAAAAACAAUGCCUCCACUGACUACGAUCUCUCAGACAAGAGCAUCAAUCCUCUGGGUGGCUUUGUCCAAUAUGGUGAAGUGACCAACGACUUUGUUAUGCUGAAAGGCUGUGUGGUAGGGACCAAGAAGCGAGUGCUGACUCUCCGCAAGUCCUUGCUGGUGCAGACCAAACGCCGGGCUCUGGAGAAGAUUGAUCUCAAGUUCAUUGACACCACCUCCAAGUUUGGCCAUGGCCGCUUCCAGACAAUGGAGGAGAAGAAGGCCUUCAUGGGACCACUUAAAAAAGACCGCAUUGCAAAAGAAGAAGGUGCCUAA